AUGGCAGCGAGGCAGCCGCCGCCUUCGUCCGCCUCCGCGCCCGCGGCGGGGCUCUCCAUGAAGGAGUACCUCAAGAGGUACCAGUCGGGCCCGGGCGCUGACGGCGACCAGAAGAAGGCGAAGAAGAAGACGAAGAAGAAGCCCAAGCCAGCCGCCGGCGGAGGCGGGGUGCUCAUCGUCGACGAGGACCCCGUGUGGCAGAAGCCCGUGCAGGUGGACGAGGAGCCCGCGUCGUCAGGUGACGAGAAGCCUCUGGUUGACGAGGAUAUCGAGGUCAAGCGGAUGCGUCGCCUGGAGGCAAUACGCGCAGCGAGGCCAUACAAUGCUAUUGCCGAGGACGGCAGCGGGUGGGUUACCGUGGCCGCCCCGGAGGAGCAGGGUGGUGGGUCCACCUGCCAGCGCAGGAACGACACGCCGUCGCCAGAGCGGAGAGGUGCUACGAGGGAGGACCUUUCUCCUGUGCGGCGGAAGCAGCGGCGUGACACGCCCUUGCCUGUGCAGGGUGAUGCUGCUGGCAAGGAUUUUUCACCACCGAGGCAGAGGUGGAGGCGCCAGGACACGCCAUCACCAAAGGGCAGUGGUGCAGGGGACCAGGAUGAUAUGUCACCACCACGGAAGUCUAGGCGGAAAAAAGACCCUUCGCCGCCAAGGAAGGGUGCUCGUCAUAUCUCUGAGGAGCCCCAGGAUACCUCGCCACCCAGGAGGCGCAUGAGACAUGAUUCAGAGGAGCCCCAGGACAUCUCGCCACCAAGGAGGCGUGUGAGACAUGAUUCGAUGGAGUCUAAAGACAUUUCUCCACCUCGGCGACGGACACGGCAUGACUCAGAGGAGCCCGAAGACAUCUCACCACCACGGAGGAGGAAGCACCAGGACCAGCACCAGGACCCUGAUGAUGAUUUGUCACCCCCAAGAAGAAAUAAUUUGGGGCAAAGUCGCAAAUCUGCAUCAGAUGAGUUAUCUCCACGUAAGAAGAGAGACAUUUCUCCCUCAAGGAAGAGUAAAAAGGAAGGAGCCUCAAAACAGGUGAGGAAAGCUGGACUGAUGACAGCAGAGGAAGUUAAAGAGGACAUAAGAAAGAUUAAGGAGGCUGAGAUGGUUAAGUUUGCGUCACAGGAUCCUUCGCUGGUUGGGAAAGGGGCAAAGGCAGUAUUCAGAGAUAAGGAAGGAAGACGGAUAAGUGAAGAAGAAAUGCGCAAGGCAAAGGAACCUGAGAAGCCAAAGGAAAUACAUAUAGAAUGGGGUAAAGGGUUGGUUCAGAAACGAGAAGCUGAGGCUAGAUUAAAAGAGAUUGAAGCUGAGAAGAAAAAACCUUUUGCUCGAACAAGGGAUGACCCUGAGCUUGACGAUAUGCUAAAAGAAAGAAUCCGAUGGGGUGAUCCUAUGGCUCAUCUAGUCAAUCGGAAAGAUCCAGAAUUUAUUUUGGAAGACUUGGGAGAUGAUGAAAAGAUGAAAGAAUCUGGCUUCAUAGUACCCCAAAAUGUACCUCCUCACAGCUGGCUGAAACGUGGAGUGGAUGCUCCUCCAAACCGCUAUGGCAUAAAACCUGGUCGUCAUUGGGACGGCGUGGAUCGCAGUAAUGGAUUUGAGAGGGACAUGUUCAAGCUGAAGAACGAGAAGCAAGCAAUGGAGCAAGAAGCCUAUCUUUGGUCUGUCUCAGAUAUGUGA